GUUUGGCUUCUCUCUCAAAACAGUUGGUGAUCAUGGCUGCGUCCAUUGAGAGUUUACUGCAAGAGAUUUCUGGUGUUGAUCGCCCGAUUGAAGAGCUGCAAACCUUAAAAACAGCUCUUCUGUCGAUUCCCCAGAGCUCUCUAGCGCAGUCGGUCAGCGGGCAGCGUCUGGAUGUUAUCUUCUCUUUGCUGAACUCGAAUGACAGGGAGCAGGUUGAGCUGUGUGUGGACGUCCUUGAAUGCAUCCUUAUGGCCCAGAGCCCACUACAGAUUGCCCAGAACUACAGAAGUGAGCUGCAGAGGGGUUUGAAACACCCACUGGAGGCCGUCAAAAUACUGGCUUUGACUCAGAUUGGUAGGCUGGUGGAGAACCCUGUCAGUGUCACAGAGAUCCUCAACAACCACACAAUACUUCAAUCUGUCAUUUACUGCAUUGGAGAGGAGAAGAUGUCUGUGGCUAAAAAGGCCAUUCAGUGUUUGACGAAGCUGAGUCACUCCAAGCCUGGACUGGACAAACUGUUUCAGACUGACCUGCUGCAGGCACUGAAUGAUGUGAUGGCCAAAGAUGACAUCAUUCGAUACAGAAUAUACGAGCUGGUGGUUGAAAUCUCUUUGGUUUCUCCUAUUUCACUUGGAUACUGUGCAAACAGCAACAUAAUUUCCAAGCUUCUGGUAGAACUUACCGGAGAUGAUGUUUUGAUCAGGGCCACUGCAAUUGAGAUGGUGACCAUCUUAGCUCAGAGCCAACAUGGCCGACAGUACUUGGCCCAGCAGGGGAUCAUGGACAAGAUUGCUAACAUGAUCAGAGGGGCAGAAACAGACCCCAUUUCCUCUCUCUACCUUCCAGGUCUGGUGAAGUUUUUCGGGAAGCUGGCUAUUAUGGAGAGCCCACAGCAAGUUUGUGAAGCCUACCCAAUCUUCCUGGAUAAAGUGUUUGACAUGGCUCUGGACGCUGACCCAGCCGUGACCGGAGUGGCUCUGGACACGCUGGGCUUACUGGGUUCUACCGUGGAGGGGAAACAGAUUCUGCAGAAAACAGGAGUGAAGUUUAACCCAGUGUUGACCCGGAUGAGUCAGCUUGCCACCUCUGGAGCCACCGAGCUCAGAGUCCGCAGCCUGGAAGCAAUAUCACAGCUGCUCGCUCUAGAGCCGGAGCAACAGACCGAUGACCUGCUCGCUCUGUCAGAGUCCUGGUUCCUCUUACUGUCCAACCAACCCAUGGACAUGAUCCUCAACAUCAGCGCUCAGCCCUUCCCCGAGUUGCACUGUGCAGCUCUUCAGGUUUUCACUGCCAUCGGCGCACAGCCAUGGGGUCAGAGGUUAAUGAUCAACACUCCAGGUUUCAUGGAGUUUGUUUUAGAUCGCUCCACAGGUCAGAGCAAAGCAGCCAAGGAUGCCAAGUUUGAACUGGUGGGGUCACUCGUGAGCUCCACCACAGCAGCUGAGAUUUUGGGGAGCCAGCACUACGUCAGUCUGAAGAGCUACCUGAGAGACGGACCCUACUAUGUCUCUGCUGUCCCAAUGGUUGAUACUGAAGGAGCUAACUGAGUCCAAGUAAAACCAUGAGAGACGCUUCACGGAUGAAAUGUACUCAUAUUUCACUGGUCAUUAGUCGUCUGUCGUUCAUUGUCACAGACGACUCGGAGGAUUUGCCGACUGUGUUCCCUACUGUCUGACCAAAGUCCCACAUAUAACAGCCUCAUCCGUACAUAAAUUAAUGGCCAGCAACUUCUUUGAUUAUUUUGUGUAAAAUGGAUUCCAACUAUGUUUUGUAUUAAAAGAAUAACAAGA